GUGUGUAAACGGGACAGACAUUGGACAAAGAGCUCCUGCGCUGCUCUCAGGCCUCCUGAGCAGCAAGUACAGCCCCGUGUGUCCUGCUGGAACUCUCUGCUUCAGCCAUCAUGAAGCUCUGGCUCUUCUUUACACUGGCACUGCUCUGGCUGGAGGUCCAAAAUGGUGUGUGUCAGCAGGUCAAGCGUAAGAAAGAGGCUGGUGAGAACCGAAUUAGACCAGGAAGAAAGAGGGUGAAGGCUCGCUACCCCAAAGUAAAAGAAAAGGAGGCAGGAAGCAAGGGCCAGUCUAUUCUCACUCAGGUCCUUGAUAAAGGCCGCUUUCUCAGAUUGGGCGAGAGCCUUUCUUUGAAUCCUGGGAAAACAAUGGAACUGAGAUGCAAAGGGACUAAUAUUGGCUGGGCGUAUCCCUCUUAUCUGGACACCUUCAAUGACAGCCGCCUCAGCAUCAAGCAGCAAGAGCGCUACAGUCAGCUGAUUCUGACAUCGCCCUCUGCUGCUGACACGGGGGAGUACAGCUGCUGGGUGGUGCUCUGUGAUGGAGAAGAAUGCACAAAGGAUGGAGAAAGCAUCUCUUCUACCUACAUAUACUUUACAGACAAAGAUGAGCUGUUUGUCCCCUCUGCCAUUCAUUUUGAAAUCAUCUACCUGCGCCCUGACAAGCCCGCCACCGUCCCGUGCCGGGUGACGAACCCCAAAAUCAAAGUCUCACUGCACAGGGAAGUCCCUGCAGAAGAAAUCGCUGUGGAUGGGACCCAAAUCUCCUACGAUCCAACUAAAGGCUUCAUCAUCCAAAACCCCAGUCCAGAACACAAGGGUGCUUAUUACUGCAAGGCCAACAGUACCACGAAAACCACUCCACAAGUAUCGACUAAAUACCAGCUGCUGUAUGUGGAAGUGCCUAGUGGCCCUCCUUUUGCAACUAUCCAGGCUUCUUCAGACAUAGUGAGUGGUGGAGACAUCUUUAACGUUACUUGCACAGUUCUGGGUGAACCUGAGAUGAAUGUCAGCUUCAGCUGGAGGUAUCCUGGCCAGGGUCAGAGGCCGGUGAGCAUUCAUGACUCCUGGCGACUGAUAAACCGUGGCGUGGGACACACAACACGCAUCUCCCAGAGCGUUAUUAUUGUGGAUGACGUUGAAACGAUUGACUAUGGAAAGUACAUUUGCACCACCAAAAAUAAGCAUGGAGAGACCCUGGUGGCCACAACGGUAAAGUCACAUGAAUAGAAAGAAGAACAUAAACAUUAUAUAUAUAUAUUGAGCUGAGCUGGACUCCAUUCACACUUCAGGCUUCUUGCUGCUUAAAGAAAUCAUUAUGAAAAAUAUGCAUUCUAUAUAUGACUUGGAAAUAAAGUGCUUCUUUUAAACUGAAAAAUCUUUUAAUGAAGUUAAUGCAUUAUAGAGUUUAUUAUGCACCAUCGCCUGUGAAAUAGUGUUUUUAUAUCCUGCUAACCUGUAAUACUCAAAAUGGAAGGUGCUGAGUUCUAUACGCAUGAAAUAUGUCUGAGGAGCGUGAAGGCUUUGUGCUCCGCUCUAAUGGGCUCCGUAUGUGGAAUGUGCAGCGGGAGCCCAGUGCUUAUUUUGGUUCAGUGUGACACAUUCAAAGUAUGUUCCUCCUCCUCUCAAAGAGAUUUCUGUUAUUGGAUUAUUAGCAAUUUAAGAAUAAGUUACAGUAGAAUUCACUACAAAACAGAUCACAGUCAAAUUGGAAGCCAAAUGAUGCAGUUCAAAAUGCUGCUGUAGACUUCCAGCUUAAACAUCAUGAAAAGAAAUUAGAAAACAAACAGAUGCAACAGAUUCCUGCACACUUUUACUGCUUUUCACUGCACUUAAAGAGACUGUGGUCCCAAAUAAGAGAAUUCUCUUUAUUUAUUCACGCUCAUGUUGUUCCAAACGGGUAUGAUUUUUUUGGUUUUGUGAAACGUUAAAGAAGAUACACUACCAGUCAAAAGUUUUUGAACAGCAAGAUUUUUUAACGCUUUUUAAAGUUGUCUCUUCUGCUCAUCAAGUCUGCAUUUAUUUGAUCCAAAGUACAGCAAAAACAAUAAUAUUUUGAAAUAU